UUCGGCUCCAAGGCGCUCAAGGACCGCAUCGCGCCGGGCAUCCUGCGCGGCGAGAAGCGCAUCUGCCUGGCCAUCACGGAGCCCGACGCCGGCUCCGACGUGGCCAACCUGACGUGCGAGGCCAAGCUGAGCGACGACGGCAAGCACUUCAUCGUCAACGGCGAGAAGAAGUGGAUCACCAACGGCAUCUGGGCCGACUACUUCACCACCGCCGUGCGCACGGGCGGGCCCGGCAUGAACGGCGUCUCGCUGCUGCUGAUUGAGCGCGGGCCCGGCGUCACCACGCGGCGGAUGGACUGCCAGGGCAUGUGGUCGUCUGGCACCACGUACAUUACCUUUGAGGAUGUCAAGGUGCCUGUUGAGAAUCUGCUUGGCAAGCAGAACCAGGGCUUCCGAGUCAUCAUGACCAACUUCAACCACGAGCGCAUGGGCAUCAUCAUCCAGUCCAUCCGCUUCGCCCGCGUCUGCUACGAGGAGUCGGUCAAGUACGCUAACAAGCGGCGCACCUUUGGCAAGAAGCUGAUUGAGCACCCGGUGAUCCGGAUGAAGCUGGCGCACAUGGCGCGGCAGAUCGAGGCCUCGUACAGCUGGCUCGAGAGCCUCGUCUACCAGUGCGAGAAGAUGGGCGAGACGGAGGCGAUGCUGCGGCUGGGCGGGCCCAUUGCCGGCCUCAAGGCGCAGUCGACCAUUACCUUUGAGUUUUGCGCGCGCGAGGCCAGCCAGAUCUUUGGCGGCCUGUCGUACUCGCGGGGCGGGCAGGGAGGCAAGGUCGAGAGGCUGUAUCGGGACGUGAGGGCGUAUGCGAUUCCGGGCGGCUCGGAGGAGAUUAUGCUGGAUCUGAGCAUGAGGCAGAGUCUGAGGGUUGCCAAGGCGAUGGGGAUGAAGCUGUGA